GUUAGUAUUUACGAAUGCUACUGUGGUACUAAUUCGAAUUUUACUUUUAGUUGCUCAGGGGCUUUUGUUCAUUCAACUUGUUACUUUAGUGAUCACGAACAACAAUAAUGGCUGAUAAGGAGAAGAAGGUCAAGAAAAAGAAGGCGUCCUCCAAGGACGAAACUCCGGCUGAAACCCCAACUCCUUCUGAAGCCCCAGCAGAAACUCCGGCGUCUGCCGCUACUCCAUCAGAUCGUGGAUCAACAAGAGGUUCAUCUUCCAGACGUGCAAAGAAAGCACCAUCUAGCGUUUUUGUUCUUUUCUCUCAAAAACAAAUCGCUGAAUUCAAAGAGGCUUUCCAACUUAUGGACAACGAUAAGGAUGGUGUCAUUGGAAAGAAUGAUUUGCGUUCCACAUUUGACGCACUUGGCAAACUUGCCUCUGACAAAGAAUUAGAUGAUAUGCUUGGUGAAGCUUCGGGUCCACUUAACUUUACACAAUUGCUUACUUUGUUUGCUGAGCGCAUGUCUGGUGGUGGACAAGAUGACGAUGAAGUUGUCAUCGCUGCCUUCAAGACCUUUGAUAUGAAUGGAAAGAUUGACAGUGAAAAACUCCGUUAUGCCUUGACGAACUGGGGUAAUGACAAAUUCUCGGAAGACGAAGUUGAAGAUGCAUUCGAACAAAUGGUUAUUGACGAUAAGGGCUUCAUUGAUACAGCUGCUUUGAUUGAAUUGCUAACUGGCUCAACUGAAGAAGAAGAAGAAUAAGGCGUUAAAUUGCAAAAGCUGAUGGUUGAUCAUGUCAUUACAAAAAAAAAACACACACACACACAAAAUGUUGCAGCUGACAUUGAUAAUUAAGAACGAGAUAAUAUGAUAAUGUUGUAUAACAAUUAAUGUUUGAUUAUAAUGUUAUACUCUUAAAUAUAAUUUAAUUAUUCUUUAUUUAUUUA